AUGGCGGGGUGGGGGGCAGCGGGGAAGGGCCAGCGCCCCGCGGCGCUCCUCGCCCCUCCCGCCUCCCGCCCGGAGGCGCGGAGGGAGCGACCCCGUCCUUCUCGCUGUCGAUGCCGGUCGGCGCUUCCCGUGGCUUCUGAGAGGAAACCCGCAAAUUUAGAGGAAAAGGCAGCGGGCAGUCGCUGGGGCGUUAGUAGCCGGGAUGACCUGCGAAGUUUUCGAAUUGAAGGAGUUGCUUUUUUCACAUUAGCUGAAGUAAGCAAUGCCACUUGCCUUGCAGAAGCCAAGAGAAACAAUUCUGCACAAACAGGAGGUAACAAACUACUGGGAAACUUGAAGCUGCAAUCAAUUUUAGGUCCUGAAGGGGAGCAACUGCAGAGAACCAGCCCGUUUCUUGGAUGGGAGAUGUUUAAGGACUUGGAUAGUUCAAAUGACUAUAAUGAAUAUGUACCUGUGGCAGAUGACUUCAAAGAACUUGUUCGUCAGGUGGAGGAAGCUGUUCAGAAGGACAGGGGGGGAACAGGAAUUCCAGACCCCAUGGGAUCAAACAGUUAUCUUUGGGCCAGGUAUCCCAGAAGAAAACGGGAAUCUCUGGGUUUGGCAGGAAUGUGUUGCAAAUGGGGCUGUACAAAAGCUGAAAUUAGUACUAUAUGCAGAGUUUAA